AUGGCUUCCAAAGUCACACCUUGGUAUAAGAAGGAGGGUGUGAGGCAGGUCAAAUCUGAUUAUGCCUAUCAACACACUAAAUGUGUGUGUACCAAGCAGCAGACUGCAGUGAGGAAAUCAAGCUCCAAAUCCGUGAGCCAGGUGCAAGCCCAGGCCACAGAGGCUAUGGCGGAACCAGCCUAUACCAUACCGGUCUUCCGGCAGAGGACUGCUGAGGAGGGGACCGAGGAGUACCAGCGAGUGAGCACGAAUGUUGGAAAAGGACUGACUGUUAUUCAGGAUGAGCUCCACAGGAUGAGGAUGGCUACUAAGGCCCAAGUGGAGAGUCUUGCUAUCCAGAGAGAGGUCAAAGAAAUGAUGUACAGGAAAAGGGAUUCGUCAGAGGAAAUCCCAAGGAUGGCGGACUUCUUGGUGGCCCUGCGGCCUCACACCGUGUGGGAGAAGACUCCCGUCAAGCUGUUCUGCACCGUUCAGGGAACCCCAAGACCCGUCGUCAAAUGGUAUAAAGGAGGAGUGGUAGUCGACCCACUGAGCGCCCCCGGAAAGUACAAGAUCGAAAACAAGUAUGGAGUCCAUGGUUUGAUCAUUAGCAGGUGUGUUGUGAGUGAUAGUGCUGAGUACAGCGCUGUGGCCACCAACCAGCAUGGCACGGCUACCAGCAAGGCCACAGUUACUGUGAAGAGACCAUCAGGAAGCGUGCAGUCUUGUCAGCUUGGUUUAGUGCCCCAUCUGACUGAGAUCCAUGCCAGUAAGCUGGAGGUCAGCCUGCUGGACCGCUUCUCCGUGAGCUUUGGUGUGGAGGGCGGCACCGUCAGUCUGGUGUGCACCAUGGUGGUCGUCCCGGACCUCCCCAACCUACCCCCCCUCGCCCAGUGGUACCGAGAUGAUAAACUGCUGAAACCCAGUAAGCUGGCGGAGAUGUCGGUUGGUGGAAGCUCCGCCCGGCUGACGCUGCCUCACCUGGCCAAGGACGACGAGGGCCUCUACACCCUCCGCAUCUUCACCAAGGACGGCACCGCCGAGCACAGCGCCUACCUGUUCGUCUCAGAUGCUGCCCCCUCUGUAGCCGGGGCCCCUGGUGCACCGAUGAGCGUGAAGGCUUUUGACGUCAACACCGACUUUGUCCUGGUCGCCUGGAAAGCCCCCAACACCGUCAACGAGGCGGCAAUCACCGGAUACUUUGUGGAUCGGUGUGAAUCUGGCAGCGACACCUGGGUCCAGUGCAACGAUGCCCCGGUGAAGGUUUGUAAAUACCCGGUUCACGGCCUGAAAGAGGGCCGCUCCUACCACUUCAGGGUCAGAGCCGUGAACAGCGCCGGCAUCAGCAGGCCGUCCCGCAAGUCGGACAAAGUGACCGCCCUCGACCCCGCCGAGAGCGCAAGGCUGCAAGGUACAGAGGAAGGCGUCCCCUCCGCUCCCGGUCAGGUCGUUGCCACCAGAAACACCAAGUCGUCCGUGUUUGUGCAGUGGGAGGCUCCCAAACAUCUGAAGGACCUUGUGGGUUACUACAUCGACGGCCGCAUCGCCGGAACCAAGGAGUGGUUCGCCUGUAACCACAAACCCUUCAAACACUCCAGGUUUGUGGUCCACGGCCUGAUCCCAGGAGAAACCUACACGUUCCGUGUCCAGGCCGUCAACGUGUUCGGCCUCAGUGAGGAGUCUCAGGAGUCGUCUCCCAUCGCCGUGGAGCCGGCCCUCGCGUCUCCCUCCGCUCCCUUCGGCAUCACCAUGCUGAGCUGUGACGGCUCCUCCAUGACGUUGGCCUGGAAGAGUCCCAAACACUGCGGAGGCUCCAAGAUCAACGCCUACUACAUCGACAAACGCAACGCCGACACUCUGGUGUGGAAGGAGGUCAACCUGACCGCCGUCACCGAGAGGAUCUGCACCGUUGACAGUCUGACUGAGGGGAUCUUCUAUGAGUUUAAGAUCCAGGCCGCUAACAUGGCCGGCGUCGGCGUUCCCUCAGCUCCCAGCGCCCCGUUGAAAUGUGAAGCUUGGACCAUGGAAGAGCCAGGCCCCGCCUACGACCUGAGCUUCAGCGAGGUCAGAGGUCAGUCCCUGGUCCUCCUGUGGAAGGCUCCAGUCUACACCGGAGCCGGGGCAGUCACUGGAUAUUUGGUGGAGAUGGCCAAGAAGGGCUCAUCAGAGUUUGUCACUCUGACUCAGGAGGCUGUGAGCCACCGUUACCUGCAGGUGACUGGUCUGGAGGCAGGAGAAACCUACGUGUUCAGAGUUCGUUCUGUCAAUGCAAGUGGUGUCGGAAAAUCUUCCCAGUUGUCUGAGCCGGUCUGCGCCAAAGCCCUUCCAGGCACCAACGAGAUCGUGGCCAGCGUGGACGAGGAGACCGGAGACGUCUUCCUGUCUCUGGAGGCCUGUGAGAUCUGUGAGACGUCCAAGUUCGUCUGGUCCAAGAACUACAAAGCCAUCGGCGACUGCCCCAGGGUCUCCGUCGCGGCGAAGGGCAGAACCUCCAGACUGACGUUCGCCAACCCGGAUAAAGACGAUCUGGGCAGAUACUCUGUGGUCGUCACAGACACCGACGGAGUCUCUGCCAGCCACACGCUGACCGAGGACGCCCUGAAAACGAUGCUGGACCUCAGCUAUGCCAUCAGACAUCCCGUUGUUCCUCUGAAACACGGCCUCAACUAUGAGAUCUUGGAGAAAGGUCACGUCCGCUUCUGGCUGCAGGCCGUCAAACUGUCCCCCUCUGUGUCCUACAGGGUCAUCGUCAACGACAAGGAGGUCAAAACUGGAGAGGGCAUCAAGAUCAGUCACGAUGUCGCCACAGGUGUCAUCCAGAUGACGGUGGAUCAUUUCACCAGAGCCAGUGAGGGAACUUACACGGUCCAGAUCCACGACGGCAAGGCCAAGACCCAGAGCUCCCUGGUCCUGGUGGGAGACGUGUUCAAAGCUGCUCUGAAGGAGGCCGAGUUCCAGAGGAAAGAACACAUCAGGAAGCAAGGUCCACAUUUCUCUGAGUAUCUGUACUUCACUGUCACUGAGGAUUGCACUGUUAUGCUCGCCUGCAAGGUGGCCAAUGUGAAGAAGGAGACGUCCUUCCACUGGUACAAAGAGGAUGAUGAGAUUGUUCCAGAAACUCCUCCCAAUGUCCUGUCCGGAGUCUGUUCUCUUCCCAUCACCAUGUUUUCUAGAAAAGAUCAGGGCGUUUUCAAGGCCGUGCUCAGUGACGACAGAGGAAAGGACACGUCUCUGUUUGACAUUUCAGGCCAAGUGUUUGACGACAUCAUCAAUGCCAUCGCCCAGAUCGCUGGUGCGUCUGCCUCUGAGCUGAUGCUGCAGUGUACACCAGAGGGCAUCAGGCUGCAGUGCUACAUGAACUACUACACGGAGGAGAUGAAGACCGUCUGGAAACACAAGGAGAGUAAGAUCGCCUCCUCUGAGAAGAUGCGUAUCGGAGGCACAUCGGAGAUGGCCUGGAUGCAGAUCUGUGAUCCGUCCGACAAGGAGAAGGGAAGCUACUCCAUGGAGAUCCACGAUGGCGUGCAGACCCACAGCAGGACCUUCGACCUCUCCGGACAAGCUUACACCGAUGCCUAUGAGGAGUACCUGAGACUUAAGGCAGCCGCAUUCGCUGAGAAGAACCGUGGCAGAGUGGUCGGAGGUCUCCCUGACGUUGUCACUAUUAUGGAAGAGAAGUCUCUGAGCCUGACCUGCACCGUGUGGGGCGAGCACCCCGAGGUCACCUGGUUCAAGAAUGAGCAGGAGGUCGCCUCCACCGAGCACAUCAAGGUCACCUUCGAGGGCGGCAAGUUCGCCAGCAUUGUGAUCAACAAGGUCACGCCCGACGACUCCGGCAAGUACAGCAUCAACGUGCGGAACAAGUACGGCGGCGAGUUCGUGGAGAUCACCGUCAGCGUCUACAAGCAUGGAGAGAAGUUACCCGAGCCCAAACUGGGACAGCCCAAAACGACCGCAGCCACGGCAGCAUCCACGCCAGUCCCGCCUAGGUCCUCAGCCACGCCCUCCAAGACCCCGACCCCGACCCCUUCCAAGUCCCAGACCCCGAUGUCCAUGAAGAGCCCCACUCCAGCCUCCACCCCGAUCCCCAAAUCCCCAACCCCGACUCCAAAGUCUCCAGUCCCGAAGUCUCCGACCCCGAAUCGCAGCGUCAAGUCGCCAACCCCACCCAGAUUCAUGAAGUCUCCGACCCCACCGAGGAAGUAAACGAUGGUUGUGACGUCUAAAUGGAGGGGGGGGGAUGUUUGCUUUUAGCGACGCUGAUUUAUAGCAUUUAUAGAGAGUGAAACCAGGAGGCGUUUAUGUAGUUUAUGUAGAUGUAGUCGCUGAAAAAAGUCCCACUUUGUGAACUUCUGGACGAUCACUUACAAAGUUUUUCUGCGUUCUAGUUGCAAGAUAUAUAAAGAUACAAAAGAGAGAUUUUUGCAGCGGCUACUUAUAUAUACAGUAGAUUUCCUUUGCAUCAUUCAACUGCCAAAUGUGCUUUUGAUACAGGUGGGAAAAAGGCGGGAAAGCGCAAAAAAACCAAAAAAACUUUGCAACGUAAGUGGAAUGCCUGUUAACGUUUGUUUUUUGUGGAUGUUAAAGGAUAAUUCCCGUUUAUUAACAUUGGUAGGUUGGCAGGUUGUACACAAACCUCCAGGUUUAGACAAACUGAUUCGGAAACGAAGGCAAAACUGUAAAGUUUAUACGCAAACUAUCCGUCGUAAACGUCCAUCAAAAUGAACAAGACUGACUUUCUGGUUCCACUUUAACCAAACUACUUAUUGUAGUCAUGUGCACAAAGUUUCUUGUACAAAGAGGGAUUAUUACCGACGUUUCAGGGGAAAUUACUUUGAGUUUUACCUCCAAAUAUAUCUGAUCGUGUUUCUCACCCGUCUUUAGUGAUGUCACAGCGUUCCCAUAUUGGAGCAGUUUACCCGGUGAGUACAAAGUUAUCAUAAACCGGUAAAAAGCGAUGACCAGAACUAUGGAUGUCAGAUCAAAGUUGUUAUAAACAGGAAUUACCUUUUAAAGUUGAUGACCAGGGAGCUGGGGUUAUGUUGUCAGUACCUCGGUGGGACAUUAACAUCAGAUACCAGAUCAUUUUUUUGUUUUCUCUCUGGUUUGGUGAUGUUUCUUUCAUCAGUUGGAAUUACAAUAUUCACUUCCUGCCCUGGUCUCUGUGUCCGAGAGGUCAGUCUGUCUGUGACAUGUUGUUCUC